AUGUCCGGCUGCGUCCCCAUCUGCGGCUGCAGGGACGCUCGGUGCCACCCCGGGGCUGGCAGAGCGUUGCUGGGGUGGGCGCUGGGCGAGAGCCCGGCCCGGUUCGGUUGUUUUCCAGGCAGAAGAAGACAACCCACCCGCCGCACGGCUGCAUCCGCGCGAGCUCCGAGGCCGGGCGGGUGGGCGGAGCGGGCGGCCCCGCAGGGUGCGGGGGACACCGAUGGACGCGGGGACACGGCGGGGCGGGGCUCGGCGCCUCCUCCUCCUCCUCCCGGCGCGGCUCCGCCCGGUUCGGCUCGGCCUCGGCGGGGGCGGCCAGAGCCGGGCGCUGCGGGCAGUCGGGACGCGCCGCAGCCAUGGCCCCGCGCCUGCUGGCCGCGCUGCUGGACGGGAGUCCGAAGCGCUGAGGAUAAGUGGUUUGGCCAAGGUCUGUACAUCCUCGCCAUUGCCUUCGCCCUGGAGGUGUCAGUGGGGAAAACCAACACUGUGAUGGCUCUGAAUGGCUCCGAUGUCCUGCUGCCCUGCACCUUCACCACCUGCAUUGGCUUCCAGGACCUGAUCUUCACAUGGUACUUCAACUCGACGGAGCUGAUCUACCACGGCAAGAUCAAGAGCAAAACCUCUGAGCCCGUCCUCGUGGGACGCAACCCGCGGGUCGAGUUCGUCGGUUCCACCACCGGGAAGGACAACAACAUCUCCAUUGUCCUGAAGGACGUGGAGCUCAGUGACGCCGGCAGGUACACCUGCCAUGUCCUCAACCCCAAGGAGAAGAAGGCGCAGCACAAUGCCACCAUCUUCCUCACCGUGGUCCAUAAGAUGGAGAAGACAGACAACACCGUGACGCUCAUCAUUGUGGGUGUUGUGGGUGGACUCAUCGGCCUCCUCAUCCUCUUCAUGCUUGUCAAGAGGGUCGUCCUCUUCAUCAUCAAGAAGACCCAGGAUGGGAAGAAGGAGUGCCUCGUCAGCUCCUCGGGCAACGACAACACAGAGAACGGCCUGGCGGGCUCCAAGGCGGAGCAGAAAGCCCCCCAGAAGGCAUGAAGCAGCCCCGUGCCCUGGGGAGGCGAGGUGGGGGCCGGCGGGGAGCCUCUCCCUUUUGUUUCCUUUCCAAACUGCCAACGCUCGAGACAUGUUUCUAUUACACACGUGCCUGCAACCUGCGCUGCUUCUCGGAAAAGACUUUGGCUGCUGCGGGGACUGGGGGGCUUCAGGUGGAUGGGAUGGAGCCAACUGCCUUCCCUGCCCUGCGCAGGGGCCAGAGGGGCCGGGGGUGCCGUGCCGUGCCGUGGGUUUGUGCUGGUUCUGCCCGUACUUACAUCCCCUCGUCUGAAGGCAGUGAUGCUUUCAGGGCUGGCUUUCCAAGGCUUUGCUCAUUACGUGGAUAUUUUUAUAUUAGACUCCAAUGGGAAAGUGGCUGAGUGCAUUUCCCUUUCCCCUGAGGAAAGCUGUGGGGGGAGCACAGUUGGAUCCUAUGAGAGGAGCAGGGCCAGGGCUGCCCCGUCCCGCUGCCCAUCCUGCCCCUGGCUGGCGGGGUGGCCCUGGGAUGUCACCGUGCCUCAGUUUCCCCAUCUGUAAAAUGGGGAAAGCAGUGCUGCUCUACCUCACAGGGAUUGCUGUGAGGCUUCUUUGGCUCACUCUUUGUAAAGCGCUUCAGGAUCUCUGGGUGAGGGGUGUGCAGGAAGCCAGAGCGUCCCCGCAGAGGGUUUUGGCACUGGGGAGACUACGCUGAAUUUCACUUUCCCCAUCUGUAGCGCAGGGUUCAGCCCUCGGCUGCCCCCCAGGGGCUUUGCACAGCACUCCGAGCUCCCAGGCAGAGGCACACUGCGAAUGCCCCGCGUUACCCCUGUCGUGCAUGAGAGCUUGGGCUGGAGCCGCCCCGAGACCCCCGGCCCCCCUCACAGAAAGCCUCCAGGGCAGGAAGGGAUUUUUUUUACAGAACUGUUUUUAGCUGUCCUAUAACCCGUCAGCCUUUUUUAGUCGGUAUCUGGACACAGUUCCACCUACCCCAGGAUAUGCAAUGCUGUACUAUGCAUGGAUUAUUCCUCUGGCUUGAUGGAGGAAGUCAACAUAACCCCUGUCUGAAAUGCAGUUCUGUCUGUACGCCUACAGAUGCAGUGCGGAAUGCAGUGCAGGGUGGGGGGAGUUCUGCAGGACCCCUUCUCCUGGGGCCUUCCAUGGCUCUGUGGGAUGAAGGCACUGCCUGAGGUGUGAGCUGUGACGGACACAUAUGUACACACAUGUAUCAACACCUGUAGGAGAUACCUGCAAUAAACACCAGGUGUGCACCACGUGCUGCGUGAUGGCUUCAAACACCUUUUUGCACCGUUAGGGUUUGCCCA